CUCAGUCUGUUUUUACUGAUGCUUUUCUUUCUAUCAGACCCAUGGCCAUGCGUAAAUCUCUCUCCCUUGCUUUUCUCCCCAUUUUACUAGCCUUGCUUUUUUCCCAUGCAACAUCUUUUGCAGUAGCAGCAGCACCAUCACCGCCACUCCUUGAAGCAGAGGCUCUUCUGAAAUGGAAAGCCAGUCUCUCGCCACCACAAUCUCUCCAUUCAUGGUCGCUUCCUGCUUCUAAUGCUACCACCAAUACAAUCUCUCCGUGUAAUUGGACUGGGAUCUCAUGCAACAGCCUUGGAAAUGUAACAGAGAUUAGCCUACCGAGUGCGGGUUUGCAAGGUAAGCUCGAUAGCUUGAGCUUCCUAUCAUUUUCAAACCUCCUCCAUCUCAAUCUCAGUAGCAACACCCUCACUGGAAACAUCCCAGCCCAUAUUGGCACUCUUUACAAACUCACUUCCCUCGAUCUAUCUACAAAUAAUCUUUCUGGCAAUUUACCCCUUUCAAUGGCUAAUCUUAUUCACAUUUCAGAGCUCGACAUCUCAUCUAAUGAAAUAAGUGGCGAACUAGCUCCCAUUUUAUUUACCAAUUGGACCAAACUCAUCUUUCUUCAGUUACAGAACAAUCAACUCACAGGAAACAUUCCAUCUGAAAUCAGGCUGCUUACAAAUCUCCAAUUCUUGAACCUCAGCGGAAAUAAAAUAAAUGGAUCGAUACCUUGGGAAAUAGGAAAUCUUGUGAAUUUAAAUGAGCUAGUCUUGACCCAUAACAAUCUGAAUGGUCCCAUCCCUCCUUCUUUGGGUAAUUUAACCACGCUCACAAUUUUGUAUUUAUACAAAAAUCAAUUUUCAGGCACAAUUCCUGAAGAAUUAGGGAAUCUCAAGAAUUUGGUUGAGCUUUCAUUAUACGGUAACAAUAUCACUGGGCCCAUCCCUCCUGCUUUAGGUAAUUUGAGCAACCUUGCACUUUUGCAUCUCUCCUCCAACCAAGUUUCUGGUUCAAUUCCACCAGAAAUAGGAAAUCUGGUUAAUCUCAAGACGCUUGAUUUGUACAAUAACCUUCUAAAAGGUUCUAUCCCUUCCACUUUAGGAAGGUUGACCCAGCUUACUUUUUUCUCCGUAAUUGACUGUCAAUUAUCUGGUUCCUUGCCUCAAGAAAUGAUGAACAUGACAAAUCUUUCCGAACUCUUCUUGCAUGGCAACAACUUCUCUGGCAAUUUACCUCAGUUAUGCCAUGGAGGAUCUCUUAAAAGAUUCACUGCAUUUGACAACCAUUUCACUGGUGAGAUCCCAAAAAGCUUCAGAAACUGCACUAGCUUAACAAGACUGCGAAUCAAUGGAAACCAACUUGCUGCAAAUUUAUCGGCAGCCUUUGGUGUAUACCCACAUCUUACAUUCAUCGACAUCAGCGACAACAUGUUGUUUGGUGAACUCUCACCGAAUUGGGGAGAAUGCCGAAACCUGACAAAGCUACAAUUCUCUGGGAACAUGAUCAGCGGUAGAAUUCCUCCUGAGAUUGGGCAGUUGAGGCAGCUAGAAGUGCUUGGUCUUUCUUCAAACCAUCUAAUAGGUGAGAUUCCAAAGGAAUUUGGGAAGUUGACUUCUUUGUUCCACUUGACUUUAAAUGAUAACCAGCUUUCUGGUCAGGUACCCCAAGAGAUUGGAAAACUAUCCAAUUUGGAGGUUCUUGACUUAUCAAUGAAUCACCUAAGUGGUCCAAUACCACCUCAAUUAGGGGAUUGCUCCAAACUCCGCUAUCUGAAAUUGAGCGAAAAUGUUUUGAAUGGAAGCAUGCCUUUUCAGAUCGGUAACCUAGUAUACCUACAGGGCUUACUAGAUCUAAGUCAUAACUCCCUCAAUGGACAGAUAUCACCACAACUCACGAAAUUGAUUCGAUUGGAAAAGUUAAACCUCUCCCACAACAUGUUGUCAGGCUCCAUUCCACCUUCUUUUGAAGGGAUGUUUAGCUUGCAAUCCAUUGAUUUUUCAUACAAUGCUUUGGAAGGUCCUAUUCCCAACAGCAAGAACUUUCAGAAGGCUCCUGCAAAGGCGUUCAUAAAAAACAAAGGCUUAUGUGGUGAAGUGCAAGGCUUGCGACCUUGCAAUGCCUCUUCAACAGGUCAUGACAAUGUGAAGAAAGGCCACAGCGUUCUAUUCCUCGUUAUUCUUCCUCUCUCGGUGACCUUGUUUCUUUUAUUUAUAAUUGUUGGCACUUCUUCCAUUUGUUACAAAAGAAGAAGAAAUACAGAGAAAAGGAUUAUUAUGAGGAGCAACGAAAAUCCAUUUUCAAUAUGGAAUUAUGAUGGGAUUGCUGUAUUUGAAGACAUCGUGGAGGCGACAGAGGGUUUUGAUGAUAAAUACUGCAUUGGAACUGGAGGGUGUGGGAAAGUUUACAAAGCUAAUUUACCAAUGGGCGAGGUAGUAGCUAUGAAGAAACUCCACCCACUUGAAGGUUGGGAUCAUUCUAAUCAAAGAAGUUUUAGAAAUGAGAUACGAACAUUAACUGAAAUCCGUCAUCGCAACAUUGUGAAGCUCUAUGGCUUUUGCUCCCAUGCUCGAUGCUCAUUUCUAGUCUAUCAGUACAUGGAAAGGGGAAGCUUGGAGAGCAUCCUAAGCAAUGAUGAAGGAGCUGCACAGCUGGACUGGACUCUAAGGGUGAAGGUUAUUAAAGGUGUGGCCCAUGCUUUAUCUUACUUGCACCAUGAUUGCACCCCGCCGAUUGUCCAUCGAGACCUAUCAAGCAACAACAUUCUAUUGAAUUCAAAACUUGAGGCUAUUGUCUCUGAUUUUGGAACUGCAAGAUUGUUGAUACCCGAUUCGUCCAAUUGCACUAUGCUUGCUGGUACUUGUGGAUAUAUCGCUCUUGAACUUGCAUAUACAAUAAGGGUGACUGAAAAAUGUGAUGUAUAUAGCUUCGGCGUUGUGGCACUUGAAGUGAUUAUGGGAAGGCAUCCUGGGGAGCUCAUCUCCUCUUUGUCAUCACCAAAUCGAGAAGAUAUAUUGCUAAAGGAUGUGUUGGACAAACGUCUCUCUGAUCCGAUGGCGGAGAUUGCACAGGAAGUCAUAUUUGCAGUGUUCAUGGCACUUUCAUGCAUUCGGCCGGAUCCAAACUCUCGGCCAACCAUGCACCACGUAGCUCAAGAGCUAUCUGUUGGUGGGCCUUCUUUCUCUCUAGAGCCAUUCCAUGCACUUACAUUACAUCAACUGAUGGAUCUCAAGAUUUUGGGCGCUGCCCCAAAAUUCUGUCCUCUCUGAGGAAAGAUGUGGUAGCACCGUACAUGCACGUUGUGGAUUCAUUUCUAGAUGAUGAUACUCCCAACUCAUUUGUAUCCCGCACCACCCUCCUUUUCUUUCGAGGAAGAACAGUAAGGAAAGACGAAGGAAUCGUCUGUUCGAAAUUGGCCAAGAUUUUACUAGGCAAGGAAGAUGUCCACUUUGAAGACAGUGUAGCCACUGGACAGGGCAUACAAGCAGUAAGUCACAUUUUUUAAUUCAAACUUUUUUUUUGUUUGUUUCCUUAUAUGACAUCUAUGUUCUGGCGGGUUUGGAGGUUUGUUUUUCAUGCCAAUUGCCAUAUUCAUAUGAGAAUAUGAAAUGGAAAUAAUCCUGACUUCUUUGGCUAUAAUUUCAACUGUAGUAACCGGGCCAUUUGUACUGGAGGUCGUAUAAAAUUCUUGUAUACUCAUUUUUUAGGUUGAUAGGUGGGGCACACCACUGAUAUUAUGGGCCCCACUAUGGAUGGCACAUGCUUAGAAUCUCCUAGAUGGGAAAUUCCUAACCAUUCACUUGGUGUCCAUGAC